AUGUCGCUCCUACACGAUAAUUCGUGCGAGUGCACCAAAUCCGAACUGGACUUGUUUUCUGUACCACCCACUCAGACCAGUAUCGUCAAGGGACAGUGGGAAGAAUUCCACCCCAUUUCUACCAUCUCCGAUGGAGGACCCAUCGAGUUUUUCGUGCCGGGAUCAGGAGAUGAGUACAUGGAUCUCAACCAAAGUCAGCUUUACGUCAAAGCCAAAAUAACCAAGGCGGACGGUUCCAAUUUAACAGAGAAUGAUCACGUGGGCCCCGUCAAUUUAUUCUUACAGUCCCUAUUCAGCCAGAUUGACGUCAGUUUGAACGAACGCCUCAUCUCACCCUCCACACCUACUUACCCCUACCGCGCCUUGCUGGAGACCAUCCUCACCUACGGUACUGAUGCCAUGAUAUCCCAACUUACUUCUGCAUUGUUUUACAAGGACACCGCCGGCAAGAUGGACAAUGCCGACCCCGCAGGGGACGAUGAUGCCGUCAAUCAGGGCCUGAAAAGGAGACAUGAGUACACCAAAAACAGCAAAGUGGUGGACCUGAUCGGCCCCAUUCACAGCGAUAUUUUCUUUCAGGACAGACACAUGCUGAACGGCGUGGACGUGAAACUGAAGCUCAUUCGCAGCAGCAACGCGUUCUGCCUCAUGGCCUCUGGACCCAACCCUAAUUACAAAGUGGUCAUCCUAGACGCCUCCCUGUUUAUCCGAAAAGUCAAAGUGAGUUCCGCCGUCAUGCUCGGUCACAUGAAAGCCCUGGAGAAAGGCACAGCCAAAUACCCCAUCAAGCGGAAUAUUUGCAAGAUGGUGUCCGUGCCCCGCGGCAACUUGACACUCACCCAAGAUCACGUGUUUCUCGGACAACUACCGAACCGUAUAGUGGUGGGAUGCGUGACCAACGAGGCGUUCAAUGGUCGAUACGGAAAAAAUCCCUUCAAUUUCCAACACAUGGAUAUCAACUUUUUAACGGUGCACGUCGAUGGGGAACAAAUACCCUAUUCCCCACUCCAACCUAAAUUUGACGGACCGGCCAAAAACUACAUCAGAGCCUACCAGACCCUGUUCUCUGGGACAGAUAAAAUGUACCAGGACGACGGCAACAUCAUUACUCGUGAUGACUACGCCGCGGGGUACGCGCUGUUUGCGUUUGAUCUGAGUCCGGACUUGUCCGCUGGCGGUCACUUCAAUCUGGUGAAGCGUGGCAACCUGAGACUGGACGUUCACUUUGCCCGACCACUGGAGGAAACGAUCAACCUGAUCAUCUAUGCCGAAUUCAAUAACAUCAUUGAAGUUGACCAGGCUCGCAACAUCAUCUUCGAUUACAGCGGCUAA